AUGUAUUCCCGCGAGGACACGAUUGAUGCCAUCCUGAGGUGCUACUUGGCCGUCGUGAACCAAGCCUAUCUUGACGAUAGCGCACUCAUCAUUCCUCCUGUAGACGGUUGGAGUGAUAUCAACAUAGAAGGAAAGGAUGAUGUUGUUCUCGACCUUCUCCGUCAUCUCCCCUAUCUUCGGUCAGACAAUCGGUCACAGCAACUACUCCUUCACUGGGAAACAAUUCCAAUAUGCUACACAGACGGUCGAGGCGAGCAAGAGCCUUGGCCGCUUCCGCCGAGCUGUGUUUUUCUCGCUCACAGUGUAGACAGAGAGGGCAUCAAUCUCAUCCUAGACACCAGUAAAGGCACCAUUACACCGUACUGUCACACUGGAUCCGACUUUACUCUGCCCGAGGAGGAGUACGAGGCCCUGCCCUAUUCAGAAAGAUGGAGAGGAUACCGCACAUUUCCCAUUGAGGAAUUUUUCGACAACUGGACCCAAAGGUACAACAGAUUGGUAUGGAUGUUGGUCCCAAAUGCCAUUGGUCAACCAACGACGGGAACGUUUUACAGCCGUGCUGAGACGACAUCUCAAGAAGAGAAGAUUUUGAAAGAUGCAAUUUGGGUGGUGCCCUCGUACGAUGAAGACAGAGAUUGCCAGAACGAGAGCGUGUUCGACAGGGAACAUCGUCUGGAAAGGACAAGGAGGCGGCAGCACACAGCGACCCUCUUUGAAAUAUACAUUAGCUACGGGUGGUUCGGAAAGUUUGAUAAGGAGAAUUGUAGAACUCAUUUGGUGGAGUGUGAAAAACGAAAGUGGGCAGAGGAUUUGCGGAUAAUGGAUGAGAAUAAUCCUGACACGUGA